CGGUCACGGAACGGAGGCAAGCUGCGCCGCAUCAGUCAGGCUGGCGAAUUCUCCGUCUUCAUCCCCCUACUAACCCUACCCUGAAUCCGAUUUAUUAUAUUACUGAUUUAUACAUAAAGUUGUAAUUGCGGAUGACUCCCUGUGCAGGGUGUUUUUGAAGACCCUGAGCUGGAGUUACACGCAGACUUCGGUUCUUUGCAGGAACGGGACCCAUCCUCGGGACUCAGACUGAGCCAUUGUUCGGUACGCCAAGGGGUCGGCCUGAGAGGCGGCCUAGUGUUUGAAAGCCUCAGAUCUCAGGGCCCUGGAGACGGGCGGAUCAAAGGUCGGUGUCACAGCAAGAGACUUGUGUGCCGUCAAGGAGCCUGGAAAAUCUUUCGCCACGGGCCCAAAAACCCAAGAUCUUCGCAAUCUUUGGGCACAGAGCUCGUAAAAAGCGACGAAACAAACUUUUUAACAUCAUAAACCAGCGAGUUGUUGUUAUGUCUUCUGCUCACUGUGAAAAUGGGGGACACCUCCGGCUCCUUUAUUAGGGAGGGAGAGAACCCGUGGGCUGCCGAAUGCCAGAUGAAUUGCGAUAGUCUUUGGGGUAACUGCAAGGUGGCCAUCAAGGUCGUGCCCAUUUCACACACCCUACAGCAGCAGUCUCGCCAUAGCCUCUCCCGGGAGGUCAACGCUCUGCAGACGACGUACAAACACCCAAACGUGAUCCAGCUGUACGAGAGUUUCCGUUCACCGAGCCGUCUGUACCUGGUGCUGGAGCUGGCGUCCAGGGGAGACCUGCUGGAACACAUCAACCGCAGGGCCGAGCGCUCACGGCUCCGAGGGCUGUGCGAGGCCGAGGCCCAGCAGAUGUUCCAGCAGCUGGUGGGGGCCGUGUCCCACUGCCACACCAAGCACAUUGCCCACAGGUACCAGCACACACAGCGUGAUCACCACACCUCAUUCCUGAACGCAUGUGCGCUCUCGUCCCAGCACAAACCAGCAGGUACUGCCCAUCCCAGCACAGACCACAAGACAUUCAUCAUCCCAGUACAGUCUCGUACACAAACCUAGUACCAUCUCACACACAUUAGCCCAGUACAAUCACAGACACAUCCACAGUACACUCUCACUUUCUCACUUCCACAAUCCCAGUACAACCACACACAAACAUCCCUGUACAAUAACAUAGAAACAUAGAAAACCUACAGCACAACACAGGCCCUUCGGCCCACAAUGCUGUGCCGAACAUGUACUUACAUUAAUUACCUAGGGUUACCCAUAGCCCUCUAUUUUUCUGAGCUCCAUGUACCUGUCCAGGAGUCUCUUAAAAGACCCUAUCGU